ACCUUGACUAUUGGUUAGGUUCGAACCUUAGGCUCGGAUGUACCCGAACCUCCGGAUGCAUUUGCUAUAAAUACCACCACGCUUCGAUCAGACUGCUACGAAAUUCUCUGGAUCGUAGAGUUUUACUUUCAGAUAUUUUUGCUCCAAAUCUUAAAAGGUAACUUCCUAUAUAUUCGUGAAAUCGUUGUGGGUGAAAAAAACUUCAUUGGAAAGUAGAAAUGGCAUUGGUUUCACAACGACGAUCUACACUUAACCCAGAUGCGCCAUUGUUCGUCCCUGCUGCUGUUCGUCAGGUGGAGGAUUUCUCCCCAGAGUGGUGGCAACUGGUGACGACUUCAACUUGGUUUCAUGACUACUGGCUCAGCCAACAGCAGGGUGAAGAUGGUUUCUUUGGAAACACAUACACACCAGAUGCUUACGAUAGCAGUGACAUUGCUGAUAUGCUUCCUGAUUCCAUUGACACCGAUGAAGACAUAUUAUCCAUGGAAGCACAGUACGAACAGUUCCUCCUUUCUUCUGAAAUGGAAACAGCAAACGCAUUUUCCCCAAAUGCUUACAAGCAAAUGCCCAUGAAUAGUUUGGAAGCAGAAGCCAAGUAUCCAAGAAAAGGCAGUGAAGUCGCUUAGGCCAACAAUCACAGUGAAUGUAAUUAGUUUUCCAGGUUUCUCUGGCCUUGCUUAAUUAAUUAGCUUUUUCAGUUCUGCAUGUAUACAUAUAUAAUUCACAAAAACUGUAGUAGGUAGUUGUUGUCUUGUAUGUUUAUUGUAAGUUUCUGUAUAGAGCAAGGUUUUAAUUCUCUUUGUAUCUCUACCACCUAGCCUUGUUCAUACUCAUAUAUGCUGUUUCAACCAGCCAGGGAAACUAAAUGGAGAAGAAGUAAUUCAAGAA